GUAGAAAGUGAAGUCUGGCGGAAAAGAGUGGAACUUCAAAUAAAUUUUCCUCUAAUACAUGCCGAGUCUCCUAACUCCAGAUUUUAUUCCCUGUUCUGUCAGUUUCUUAUAUUCAACGGUAAUGCACUAGUCUCCUAACCACAGAUUACGUUUCCAUAUUCGAUUCGCCAGCUUCCCUUAUUUAUAAUCAUCAAUCUCGAGUCACGAUUUGAUUUAAAAUGCUUUCGAGUAUUGUGUUGUUGAGAUUGAUUUGAUCUGAUCAGAUUUUCGAAUUCUAGUUCCGGAUUAACCAAACCGGGAUAUCGAUUGAUUUUUAUAAACCGGUUUAGUCGAUUUUCUGAGAUGGUUAUACAUCCAGAGCUCAAUCACCGUCGUCGAACAAUCACCGAUCAUGGCGAACUACCACCACAAACCAAUAACCACCACCAGAAAAGCAUCAUCAUCAUCAUCAACAACCGUCUGCUGCGAAGGAUCUCUAUCAGCUGCAAUCGACGUCAUCAUCCUCCUCGCAGUCAUCACAUCCUCGAGCAUCUUGAUCUUCCCUUACAUCAGAUUCAUCGCCCUCAAAUCCCUAUCAAUCUUCUCCGACCUCUCUUCCUUACUCAAGCAAGAGAUCAUCCGCGACCCGGACCCGAUCGUGCACGGGCUAAUCGCGUGGAGCGUCUUGUGCACGGCCUUAUCCGGGUUGAUGAUUGUUCUGAUACUGUGUAGUAGUCGUCGUAGAUGUGGGAAACCUAAUUGUAGAGGGCUUGGGAGAGCUAACGCUGAGUUUGAUAUUCAGAUUGAGAGUGAGGAUUGUUCUGUUAAGAGGUUGAAGAGUGGUGUUGUUAGUAAGAAGGGGUUGUUUGAGGUGGCUCGUGAUCGGCAUCGGGAGUUGGAGGCGGAGUUGAAGAAGAUGGCUCCGGAGAAUGGUAGGGCUGUGUUGGUGUUUAGGGGGAAGUGUGGGUGUUGUGUUGGGAGGUUGGUGGUUCCUGGGCCUAGGAAGAUCAAGAAAUGAUUAGCUUAUGAACAAGUUGUUAUUUUCUGGUUUAGUUAAUUUGAAAAUUUCUUACAGAAACUUAAAAUAUGUUAAUCUCCAUGUGUUUAAAUAAAACCUUAGAAAGAGGAUACUGCGGAGAAAAAAAUAGUUUCUACUUAAGAAUAGUGAUUUCAUUUUGAAGUCUUGAAUGUGUUGUGGUGUUU